AUAAUUUAUCAUUCAUUACCAAUAAAUAAAUCAACUAAAUUCUAUCGUCUCCUCUAGUCUCCUUCCCGUCUAGUCUACCCUCCUCUGUCACAUCUUUUCUUUAUCCUUCUCUAUCCGCUUACGUCUGCUCUGAAACUGCGUCGUUUCUGAAGCUCCAAUAGUGCCAGUGCUUUUCUUCUUCCAUUUUCUUUAGCCUUAUGAUCCAAAGGGUUUUUAGCUUUGUAGGUCAGACUAUCAAAAACUCGGAGGAAGAUCGAGCAAAUUUCGACUACUCUUUUCAGUAUUCUGGGAAGUUUUAUUUGAUGGCUUCACCAGCUAUUGACUCUGCAUGGCUAUCCUCGCCUAUUAAGCCCUUUUGUAAAUCUUUGAAUGUAGGGGAAGCACAUCCAGCCGAUAUUUUACCUGUGCUGGAAGCUCCUGUGCCUUUUGCAUCUGAUAACUCUAAUGCUCCACAACCGCCACCUCUCCCUAGUAAAAAUUGUACAAGAACUAAGUAUUCCGAGAGGCCUCUUGAAUAUAGUGUUGUCCCAAAGGAAACAAAGGAUACAUGGGACAACCUGUUUAAGAAAGGGUAUGGUGCAGAUGUUUGUAUUCUCACCAAUGAAAAAUCAUGUGUUCUAGCUCAUUCUAAUGUUUUGAGUAUUGCAUCGCCCGUGCUGGCUAAUGUUCUCAGGCUAUCAAAAGUCAAGAAUGGCAUGAGAUACAUCAAAAUCCCCGGAGUACCUCAUGGAGCUGUCUGCAUGUUUAUUCGUUUUCUAUAUUCAUCUUGCUAUGAAGAGGAGGAGCUGCAGAAGUUUGUUCUCCAUCUAAUAGUCUUGUCACAUUUCUACUCAAUUCCAUCACUGAAAAGAGUUUGUAUUUGCUCACUGGAGCAAGGCUGGCUUACCAGAGAAAAUGUGAUAGAUGUUCUUCAGUUAGCAAGGAAUUGUGAUGCACCUAGGCUUGCCUUCAUUUGUGUCCGUAUGGUUGUAAAGAAUUUCAAAUCUAUAUCUUUAACUGAAGGAUGGAGAGCAAUGAGACGUGCCAAUCCUGCUCUUGAGCAAGAACUUGUAGAGUCUGUUGUUGAAGCAGAUACUAGAAAGCAAGAGAGGCAGAGAAAAAUGGAAGAGAAAAAAGUUUACUUGCAAUUGUACGAAGCAAUGGAGGCCCUCCUUCACAUUUGCAAGGAUGGUUGUAGGACGAUUGGACCUCGUGAUAAGGUGCUAAAAGGGAGCCAGGGUGCCUGUAAUUUUCCAGCUUGUAAAGGGCUUGAAACUUUAGUGCGUCAUUUCUCAAAUUGUAAGACUCGGGUCCCUGGUGGAUGUGUUCACUGCAAACGCAUGUGGCAGCUUCUUGAACUGCAUUCCCGUAUGUGCAAUGAGCCUGAUUCAUGCAAGGUUCCUCUUUGUAGGCAUUUCAAGGAGAAAAUGCAGCAGCAAAGCAAGAAAGAUGAGACAAAGUGGAAGGUGUUAGUGAGCAAAGUUAUUGCAGCAAAGAAUGCAGUUGGGUCAUUCUCAUCUCGGUCUAAAGGUUUAUUCUGACUAACUUAUCUUUUAAAUGGGAAAAUGGCAUUACCAUGCAUCUCUUUUUAUUGCAAUUGGUUAAUGCUCCCACUAUUCUAACUUAUACUUGUUCUACAAUGGCAGAAAUAAAAUGAAACGAUAUUUACUAAUAAUAAAUAGUAGUUCUCUUUAUCUUUUGUUAUACAAAAGUUUGAAGAACAGAUGUAGGCAGUGGACAUAAUGAAAAUGACGUCAUUGAUAUUUCUUUCAA